GGAAGAAAUAGCCGGGCACUGUUGACGGAAAAGAUCUUGGCAGGAACUGGGAAAACAGAGGAUCCGUCCAGAACAAGACUGCCCAGAUGACAAUGGAAGUGUGUUGGCCAGGGGAGAGCUUCUUUAAGCUCAUUGAUUCCAUUGCCACAGAGAUCGGGGAACUGAAACAGGAGAUGGUACAGACGGAAUUCUGUGUCCAAGAUGAAGAGGAGCCCGACAAGUGCUUGAGUAUCGAGAAAGAGAUGGAGAAAAACAUACUGUUGGAGAAAAAAGCUUUCCUUCGAGACUCCGGAUAUGAAAGUGUAGCCUACAAGCCCAGCAUCCUGGAUAAGCUUCUCCACACUCACCCCGUCUGGCUUCAACUUAGUCUGGGCGAUGACAGCGUUGGGGAUCUCCUGCAGGACCAGCCACCCGCAACUUUUUUGGUGCGAAAGUCUACAAAGCUUCAGAAGAAAGUCAUAUCCCUUCGAGUGCCGGAGGAGUUUGGAUCGUGUUUCCAGGAAUUUGUGAUAAAAGAAAGCUCAUACACUUUUUCCUUGGAAGGCUCUGGUAUCAGCUUUGCAGAUCUCUUCAGACUUGUUGCGUUCUACUGCAUUAGCAGGGAUGUUCUGCCCUUCACCUUGAAGUUGCCUCAUGCUAUUGCAACAGCAAAGUCCGAGGCUGAGCUAGAAGAGCUUUCUCAACUGGGAAUUGACUUUUGGACAUCUCCUGUAAACAUACAACCAAAAUAUGCUUCAGCUUUUCCCAAGCCUCUCCCCCAAGGCUACGUCAAGAGGGAGUCUCAUCAUCUACCUCUUAUAAACGGAGUGCAUUCUCUCCGCACCAGAACGCCCUCAGAAUUGGAAUGUAGCCAGACGAACGGAGCUCUGUGUUUCAUUAAUCCUCUCUUCUUAAAAGUGCACAGCCAGGACUCAGGGGGAAGUUUGAAGAGGGAGAGCAGCAGAGCCCAUGAAGCAAAUGGCAUAGAAAAGACGAGAUCACCACCUCCUCGGCCCCCUCCCCCUUCCAUUAACAGUCAUCGCACAAGCCUUCAGCUGUCCAGAGCUGUGCAGUCAGAGCCAAGCAUGCCAGAAACACUUAUUAAUAACAGGAACAUUAACUUAGACUCCCCUUCUAAAAGCGCUACCCCUAUCCCUCCUCCUCGCCUGAAGAAGCAGGCCACUAUUACCAGGUGGCAAAGCAACGACCAAACGCCAUCGCUGAGUAGUUCCUGCAGGUCAUCUUUUGACUCUCAGCCCGAGGAAUCGCCUCCACAGAAGACCAUGCAGAAUAUUACUUUGAGUCAGAACUGCAACUCAUCUGGCACAUUGCGUGUGCAGCGUUUAAGUAACAUGAGCAUCUCUACGUCAUCAUCUGACUCCUUUGAGUAUGACCGCAUGGUGCCCCCUUUCUAUGAAGGUGACAGCUUGGAAGAUUGUGAGGAAGAAAGCGACCAAGAGAGCAUGGCACCACCUGUGAAGUCUCGGAAAAAAAGAGGGACUUCUUUGGGUCUCUCCAAAAUUAUGAAAACUCACCUGCGCAAAGUGAGCGGAGUCUUCAACUCUUUGGUGACUCCAGAGAGGAAGAUGGUCAAAAAGAUCACAGCCAUGUCUCGGGACAAGCGGACUUAUUUUGGAUGCCUUGUGCAGGAUUAUAUCAGCUUUCUGCAGGAAAACAAGGACUGCCACGUCUCUAGCACAGAUAUGUUACACACUAUCAGACAAUUCAUGACACAAGUCAAAAACUAUUUGUCACAGAGCUCUGAACUGGACCCACCAAUCGAAUCCCUGAUUCCAGAAGAUCAGAUAGAUGCAGUCCUGGAAAAAGCAAUGCACAAGUGUAUAUUAAAGCCGCUGAAAGGUUAUAUAGAAAACAUGCUAAAGAACUUUCGAACUGCAGAUGGCUCCUGGAGAGAGCUGAAGGAGAACCUGUUAUUAGUAAAACAGAGGACCCCUCAGGAGCUUGGGGUUCUCACCCCAACCCCAGAAUCUGUCGAUGUGGAAAAGAUCAAAAUCAAGUUGUGCACCAUGCAAAAAAUGUACUCUCCAGAGAAGAAAGUGAUGCUGCUACUCAGAAUCUGCAAACUCAUCUAUACGUGCAUGGAGAAUAACUCAGGGAGGAUGUAUGGAGCAGAUGAUUUUCUGCCAGUUCUAACUUAUGUCAUCGCUCAGUGUGAUAUGCUGGAAUUUGACACUGAAAUUGAGUACAUGAUGGAGUUACUGGACCCAGCUCUGCUGCAUGGCGAAGGAGGCUAUUACUUGACAAGUGCAUAUGGGGCACUAUCCUUAAUAAAGAAUUUUCAGGAAGAACAAGCAGCUCGAUUGCUAAAUUCAGAGACCAGAGACACCUUAAAGCAAUGGCACAAAAGAAGAACUACAAACAGGACCAUUCCGUCCAUUGAUGACUUUCAGAACUAUUUGAGGGUUGCUCUGCAAGAGGUGGAUAGUGGUUGCACAGGCAAAACUCUCAUUGUUAGGCCUUACACCACAACAGAAGAUGUCUGCCAGAUGUGCUCUAGGCGGUUUAACGUCAAGGACCCUGAAAACUACGGUCUCUUCCUUUACAUUGAUGAAACUUGGCAACAGCUUAGUGAAGACACUUACCCACAGAAAAUUAAAGCUGAACUUCACAGUCGACCAAACCUCCAAGUCUUUCAUUUUGUAUACAAACGCAUCAAUAACGACCCUCAGGGGCUCAUCAACUAUAAUGAGGACAAUGAUGAGGACGAUGAAUUUGCAGAUUUCUGAGAGCUGUCACCUUGUUUCAGAA